AGAUGAACAUCCUAGAGUGGUUAUGGCACAACAAAAUAAUUGUGAUACUGGCAACGACCACAUUUUGCCUCUUCGUUUCGACGUUAGUACUCGCUUCCAAGAAAAAUAACAUACCUACACAUAAACAGAUUAUAAAAUCGGAUAAUUUAAGGAAUGAUCACAAAAUUUCCGCAUCAGAUUCUUCAAAAGUUGAAAUUGAGCACAAUAGACUGCCUAGAAACGUCAAACCGUUAAAUUACAAACUACAUUUGAUCCCAAAUAUAAACAAUAAAACAUUCGAUGGAAAUGUUUCUAUUCUUCUUCAAGUUCAAGAACCGACGAAAACAAUACUUAUGCACGCUCAUGAUUUGAUAAUACAUGACGUGAGCUUAAAAAACGACGCAAAUGUCGUUGUUGAGAAUUAUGUAAAACAUAAAUACCACAAUGAAAUAUUGCAAAUUAACUUACAAAGUGAUGUGAAAGAAAAUAAAAUAGUUCUAGCCAUUAAAUUCUCGGGAACAAUGGAUAACAAAAUUGUUGGAUUCUACGCAAGUUCUCUUAAAACUGGCGGGAGCAUGGUGGCGAGUAAAUUUCAACCAACUUACGCUCGACAAGCUUUCCCUUGUUUUGAUGAGCCUGACUUCAAAGCAACAUAUGAUAUUACUUUAGUUAAGCCGGUCUCCUAUGUAGCCCUUUCUAACAUGAAUGAAAUAUCUAAAACACAAUGUGAAGAUGAAAACACAGAAGCUGUGACAUUUGCAACUAGUGUACCAAUGUCUACGUACUUGGCAUGUUUUGUUGUUUGUGAUUUUGAUUAUAAGGAGACUGAGAUAGAUGCCGAUGGCAUUGGAAAUAAUUUUGAAUUGCGUAGUUUUGCUCAAAAAAAUCAAAUGCACAAAAUUGAUUUUGCACAAGAUAUUGGCACAAGAGCUACACAAUUUUAUAUAAAGUAUUAUGAAGUGCCUUUCCCAUUACCCAAGUUAGAUAUGAUAGCGAUUCCUGAUUAUGUCUCAGGAGCGACUGAACAUUGGGGCUUGAUAACAUAUAGAGAAACAUCUUUCCUUGUGGACCAGGCGACAGCAUCGUCCAAGAAUAAGAUCAGUGUUGCAAAUACAAUUGCUCACGAGUUAGCACACAUGUGGUUUGGUAAUUUAGUUACAAUGAAGUGGUGGGAUGAGGUUUGGCUCAAUGAAGGUUUUGCCUCUUACAUGCAAGUAAAAGCUCUAAAUGCUAUUGAACCUUCAUGGACUAUGUUGGAUCAAUUCUUGACAAAAACAUUGCACUCAGUGUUGGUGACAGAUGCUAAAAUGUCAAGUCAUCCUAUUUUACAAACUGUGGAGACUCCUGAUCAAAUUACUGCCAUUUUUGAUGCUAUAUCAUAUAAUAAGGGUUCAUCCAUACUUAGAAUGUUAGAAGGUUUUAUAGGCGAGGAAAAUUUCCGACGCGGAAUAUCUGAUUAUUUGAAGAAAUAUAAAUAUGGCAACACUGUAACACAAGACUUGCUGUCAUCUUUGGAGCCUUACUUUAAAAUGGAUAACCCAAACUUAAAUCUUUCUUAUAUUAUGGAUACAUGGAUAAAACAAAUGGGUUAUCCAGUUUUAAAUGUGAAAUCCAGCGGGGAACACAACACUUUCAUUGUGACUCAAACACGAUUCUUGCUGGAUCCUGAUGUGGUACAAAAUAAUGAUUCACCAUUUUAUUACAGAUGGUUUAUACCAAUUACAUACACAACAAACAAGGGAAAAUAUCAGAAAGUGCUAUGGUUUGCUGACAAGGACGAUAACGUGAAACUUCAUCUAAAGGAAGGAGAGAAAUGGCUUAAAAUAAAUAACAAUCAAGUUGGUUACUACAGAGUGAACUAUACAUUAGAUAUGUGGGACAAUCUAAUACAUGAAUUAAAAAAUAAAUCAGAACAGCUGACUAUAUCUGACCGUGCCCAUCUUCUGAACGAUGCAUUCGCGUUAGCUGAAGCACGAUUACUGUCUUACGAUUUGGCUUUGAACCUAACGACUUACCUUAGAGAGGAGAGGGACUACGUACCUUGGGAUACCGCGGCCUCUAUAUUUGCACAAUUAUCUUCGCGACUACUUAACUCGGAAAUUUAUGAUAAUUUGCAGAAAUACUUACAGAAUUUAGUGGAGCCACUUUAUCGUGAGCAGACAUGGAAGAAAAAUAAUUUUACUGUUAUAGAAGGACUGUUACGUACAAGAAUAUUAUCGUUAGCGACCAGUUUUCGUCUGCCUGAUGCUGAAGAUAAAGUGAGAGGCUUGUUCUUGAGCAGUUUGAACAGUCAUGGAACAUCUGAUGCUGUUCUCAUCGACCCCGAUCUAAGAGACUUUGUUUAUUAUUAUGGUAUGAGAUCUGCAACACAAGCGGAUUGGGAUAAACUGUGGCAAAUUUAUUUGAAAGAGGAUGAUGUUCAAGAGCUUGCCAAAUUGAGGCAUGCGUUAGCAGCUCCGCUGGACGAGAGCAUACUGCGAAGAUAUUUGACCCUAGCUUGGGACGAAACCAAUGUCCGAAGUCAGGACUAUCUGAACGUUGUUCAGUUUAUAAGUUCGAACCCGAUGGGCACGACGCUAGUGUGGGACGACGUUCGCGCGCGCUGGCCACAACUUGUCGAUAGAUUCACUCUCAACAGUCGAUAUCUAGGCGGUCUGGUGCCGGCCAUCACUAGCUCAUUCGACACUACGCUGAAAUUGCAAGAGAUGGAAGAAUUUUUCAAGAAAUAUCCCGAGGCUGGUGCGGGUGAGUCAGCUCGGAAGCGAGCGCUCGAGACUGUCAGAAAUAAUAUCCGCUGGGCCGACACACAGAAGCCGGCUAUUGAUGCUUGGCUUAAAGCACAUAUAUAAAGAUCUAUGAAAUAUUAAAAAUCAUAUUUUUUUCUCAUAGAAGAAUGUUUUAAUAAAUUUAUACAAUUGAUUAACAAACAUAUUGUCAUAGUGCAUCGUCUUUACAUUUUUUUAAUGGUUAAAUCAAAGGCAAAGUGCGGUUAUUUUGCCUGCAUGUUUAAGCGUACUGAAGCCUAUACUACGCAAAUUUAAUUAAACAGUGCUCGUUUAAGAACCUGGCUACAUAUUGCGUCGUGACUAAUAUGUGUAAACUUAGAAAUAUACGCGAAUUCAAGGUGUUUCAACUCUGUUUUAUUUUAAAGGUUUUUUAUUUCGAUUUUUUGUGCUAGGACGAGUAUGCACGCACGCGUUUAUGUCUGUUAGGUGGAAUCACGACUCUUUUUGUAUACCUAUAAUGGCAUCUAGCCAUCUUUGACAGCGGUUUCUGUGCAUUAAUUUUCGUUUAG